CCCAGGAGAGCGAGCGACUUUCCCCAGACCUUGCUCCUCUCCCUGGGCGCAAUCUUCAUCUGUGUUCUUCUAGUACCUCUGGUGCAAACGUCUCCAAAGGACAUGGAAGAAUUUUUGCAACGUGCCAAAUCUAAGCUGAAUCGAAGCAAACGCUUGGAGAAGGUCCAUGUGGUGAUUGGACAUAAAUCAUGUGACUUGGAUUCUCUCAUUUCUGCAUUUACGUAUGCUUACUUUCUAGACAAGGUCAGUCCACCUGGGGUUCUCUGUUUGCCAGUGCUGAACAUACCAAGAACUGAAUUCAACUACUACGCUGAGACAAGGUUUAUUUUAGAAGAACUAAAUAUCUCUGAUUCAUUCCACAUAUUCCGAGAUGAAAUUAAUCUGCACCAGCUAAAUGAUGAAGGAAAGUUAUCUAUAACACUUGUGGGCAGCAAUGUGCUGGCAAGUGAGGACAAAACUUUAGAAUCGGCAGUUGUCAAGGUCAUUAAUCCAGUUGAGCAGAGUGAUUGUGCUCUUGAGUUCCGAGAGUCUUCCUCCUCCCUCGUGGUAAAAGAGAUUCUCCAGGAGGCUCCUGAACUCAUCACUGAGCAGUUGGCUCAUCUCCUCAGAGGUAGUAUCCUUUUCAAGUGGAUGACCAUGGAAUCUGAGAAGGUCUCAGAGAAGCAGGAGGAAAUUCUGUCUAUCCUGGAAGAAAAAUUUCCUAGCUUGCCUCCAAGAGAAGACAUAAUCAACAUUUUGCAGGAGACCCAAUAUAAUGCUCAGGGUUUAAGUAUUGAACAGACAAUGCUGAAGGAUCUAAAGGAACUGUCAGAUGGAGAAGUAAAAGUGGCCAUUAGUACAGUGAACAUGACUCUGGAGAACUGUAUGUUUCACAGCAACAUCGCCAGUGAUUUGAAAGCAUUUACAGACAAAUUCGGUUUUGAUGUCAUCAUACUGUUGGCCCGCUCUCAGUCAGAGGAGCAGCAGCAGCCAAAACAGCAAGUGGCCGUGUACUCUGAGAACUUAGAGCUGUGCAGCCAGAUUUGCUGUGAACUGGAGGAGUGCCAGAACCCUUGCCUAGAGCUGGAGCCCUUUGAAUGUGGCUGUGAUGAGAUCCUGGUGUACCAGCAGGAGAACCCUUCAGUGACUUGCGACCAGGUGGUUCUCCUUGUCAAGGAAGUCAUCAACAGGAGGUGUCCAGAGAUGGUAUCCAACAGCCGGACGUCCUCUACAGAAGCCGUGGCAGGCAGCGCUCCACUCUCCCAAGGAUCUUCAGGGAUUAUGGAAUUGUAUGGUUCUGACAUAGAGCCACAACCCAACUCUGUGAAUUUCAUAGAAAACCCUCCAGACUUGAAUGAUUCUAACCAGGCCCAGGUGGAUGUCAACAUAGACCUUGUUAGCCCAGACAGCGGGUUGGCCACCAUUAGGAGCAGCCGUUCAUCCAAGGAGAGUUCAGUUUUCCUCAGUGAUGACAGUCCAGUGGGAGAAGGUGCUGGGCCUCACCACAAUCUCCUUCCAGGGUUUGACUCCUACAGUCCUAUCCCAGAAGGGGUAGUAGCAGAGGAGCAUGCACGGUCUGGAGAACAUGGUGAACACUUUGACCUUUUCAACUUUGACUCAGCACCCAUGGUUUCUGGGCAUUCCCAACCAUCUUCCCAUUCUGCAGACUACUCCCCAGCAGAUGACUUCUUCCCAAACAGCGAUUCCUCAGAAGGACAAGCUCCUGCAGGUCCUAAAGGACUGGAGGAGAUAGGGAUCAACAUGUCUAACUAUUCAUCCAGUUCACUUUUGUCAGGUGAUGGCAAAGAUAGUCUGGCAGAGUUUGAUGAGGAGUUUGCCCAAAGACAAGAAAGUCACAGGGAUGACUCUGAAAGAAAUUUGAACCUAACAGAUUUCUUGGGGGAUGAACCUCCUUCACCAGAAAGACUGAAUAAUACUGGGAAGAGAAUCCCCCCAACACCCAUGAAUAGCUUUGUAGAACAAUCACCAUCCACUGAAGAGCCAGCUCUACUCUAUCCAGAAGAUAUGACCCAAAAAGCAGUUAAUGCAGGCCACCUAGCACCACCUCAGACCCGUGCACGGUGCAGCAGCUGGUGGGGUGGCUUGGAAAUGGACUCUAAAAAUAUUGCAGAUGCAUGGAGUUCCAGUGAACAAGAAUCUGUCUUCCAGAGUCCUGAAUCAUGGAAAGAUCAUAAGCCAAGCUCAGCUGAAAGAAGAGCCUCAGAGUCUGUAUUUCAGUCAAAGGGUAGCCAUGAAUUCUCAAAGUCAGAUCCCUGGGAGUCUGAAUUUGGUCAGCCUGGUCUGGAUAGCAAUAAUAUUCAAAACCAAAAUGAGGAAAACUUGCAGAUUCAGAACCUGCCCACUGAGAAAUCACAGUUGUCCAAUGCUUCUCCUCAGGGAACAAGCCACCUGAUAGAAGACUUUGCUACUUUGUGGCCUUCUAGUCGCUCUCCCACAGCAGUGCCUGAGUCUUGGGGAAAUCCCACAGAUGAUGGUGAGCCAGCUGCUGCAGCGCCAUUCCCAGCCUGGGGUGGAUUUAGUAAAGAAGAUGGCGAAGCUUUAAAGAAUACCUGGAAUCUGCAUCCAACGAGUAAUGAAACUCCUUCUGUGAGGGACCUGAGUGAGUGGGCCAUGACAAAGAGUGGGUUUUCUUUUCCUACUGAAGACCUCGUGGGCAAUUCACCUGGUGAAGCAGACAGCGAAGUAGCUCCACAAAUCUGGGGCAAGAAGAACCCUGGCUCCAGGGAUAAUAUCCUGAUAGCUAGAAAUCCCACAUCUGAUCUGGAUCAUAUGUGGAAUGCUUCAAAAUCAGCAAAGGAUGAUCAGGAUGGUUUAGUGGAUCCAAAAAUUAGGGGGAAGGUAGAUUCCUGGAACUUAUUUGAGGAGAACAGCAAGAAAGGAGGCUCAGAUGUCCUAGCUCCUUGGGAAGAUUCCUUCUUAUCAUAUAAAAGCUCUGACUACAGUGCAUCCAACAUUGGAGAAGACUCAGUGCCUUCCCCCUUGGAUACCAACUAUUCCACCUCUGACUCUUAUACAUCACCCACAUGUGGUGGAGAUGACAAAGAAAUUGAAAAUAAGUCCUUUGCUAAAGAGGGAGGUUUUGAGUCAAAAGAUGCUAACUCUACUGCAGAGGAAGCAGAAAUGCCCCCUCAGUCACCACAGCAGCCACCUAGAAAUCGAAUUAGUUCAGAUCCCGGGAGCCUAAAAAUGUGGGCUUUACCUCAUGCAGAUGGUAGUUCUGAAAAUAAUGUCACGCCUAAUACAGAUGAAGAUUUACUCAAGACAGAGUCUGCAGAUGAUAAGAAUGCCUCCAUGGGAAAUGACGUUGGGGAAAGCAGCCAGUCCAGCUACGAUGACCCCAACAUGAUGCAACUGUACAAUGAGACAAACCGCCAGCUCACGCUUCUGCACAGUAACACUAACUCCCGGCAGGCUGCCCCCGAUGGCCUUGACUUGUGGAAUGGAGUGAUGCUGGAGGACACUCAGUCCACAGCAACCAUCUCAGAUAUGGAUAAUGAUUUGGACUGGGAUGACUGCAGUGGGGGUGUGGCUAUGCCUGGUGCAAGUCAAGCACAGGGAUACAUGGCUGAAGGUGCUGAACUAGAAACUCGAUUUUCAGUGAAACAACUUGAACCAUGGGGUGUGGAGUAUCCGGAAACAAAUCAGGUAGACUGGGAACUUCCUACCUCUGAGCACAGCAAGGACUCUGCCCCCAGUGAACAUCAUACACUGAAUGAAAAAAGCGGACAGCUGAUUGCGAACAGUAUUUGGGAUUCUGUCAUGAGAGAGAACAAUAUGCCAUCACUAAUGUUCCCAGACCCACUGCAUGUUACAGCUACAACACAAAGUAGAUCACUUCCUGAAACUCCCAACUCCCCAGAAAAAGUUAAGGAGAGUCAUCCUCCAGAUGUGCAAGGAGACUCUGGGGCACUUACCCCUGAUCCCCACAAGCAGGACACAUCCAGGGGAACCCUGAUGAGUGACACAGCAUCCUUGAUGACCACUCUUGAGAAUCCAGGGCAUUUUGCAUGCCCAGAUCCAUGGAAAGAUCCUAGUGAUGGACAAAGUGAAGUUGAGACAGAAACUCAUGGAGUCACUGAAAGGGAUAGCCUUGGUGAGGCAGAGAUGCUGGAUGGAGUCUCGCAGAUUUCUGGAAAAGGGCAAGAUGAUCAAGAACACUCUCCCCUAGCUGCAUCUGAACAUCAAGAAAUCUGUUAUGAAUUAGGCAAAGCAAGUUCUCAUUCAGCCACUUGCAGUCCUCAGUCAGAGAAACCACAGGAGAUUUUAGAAUGUGAGGAAGAGUCAUUCAAUUUAGACCACUGUGAUGUGCAAAUAGAGGAGUCCACAAAUCACCUGCAAGUACAAGAGACCUGUGAAAAUGACCUCACAAAUCACAGUAAUUCCUGUGAGACAACUGAAGUUUCAGGGAGACUGAAUUUAACAAGAAAUAUAUCCUCACUUGAAUUGAAUCUUGGGAAAACUGAAGAAUGUAACAUUCUGGAGUCAGAGAAAAUGACCCAAGAGUCAUCUCAUGAAUGUCCGCAAAGUCCCAAUGUGUGGGGUGACCCUGUAGACAAUGAUGUGCAGGUCAAUUGCAUGAGCUCUAAAAUAACUGAGAAUCUUGAAGUUAAAAGUACUGAGAACAGCUCCCCAGGAGCCAGUUCAUCUGCAAAUUAUGACAGAGAUAGUAUUUGUAGUGAGUGUACACAUUCAAGUGCAUCAACUCCUGGCUUAAAUGAUUCUUUAGCUGCAUUGUCUUCUUGGGGCCAUGAACCCAAUAUGGAGCAUCAGAAGGAGAAGCAAGAUAAUUUGAAUAAACAAGAUCACCAAGAAUCUGAACUAAUUACUACCAGUGGCCAAGAAAUUACUGAGAUGAAGGACCUGGAGAAAGACAAAAUGGACAGGUUUAAAAAGAGCUUAGAUCCCAAGGUUCCUAAGUUUUUAGAGGUUUGGAAUGACUCAAUAGAUGGUGACUCCCUCUCUUUAUCUAGUCCUGAAAUAGGCAAAUAUUCUGAAUACUUAGGUACACAUGAGGAAAAAGUUCUAGUGAUUAGCCACCAAGAAAAAACUGUAUGUAACAGUCCUGAAACUGUUCAGCCAGAGGAUGCCAAAUUUAUUUCAACAAACUCAGGUCUUGAUGAAUAUAGCAUAGAUGAUGAAGAGAAGGUGGGGAAAGAGAUCCAUUUGACCACUUGUGAAGUGGCUCAGCAUGAAUCCACAGCUUGGGAUUCAUUGAGUGAAAGUGAUAAAUUCUUGCCCACAAUUGAUCCCAAGCUGGUGGAAUCUUCUGACUACGCAGACAGUUCAGAACCAGCAGAGAAUGAGAAUAAGUCAAUUCCAUUCUGUGACAAUCAAGAAAGCAGUCCCGAAGGCUGGAAUUUCUCACCAAUAAAGAAGGAAAUGCAGAUGGUAGUGGAUAAAGAGAGGCAGUCCUCUCCAGAAGUAGGAAACAAUAGAGAUACUCUAUGGCAAAUAUCUCCCAAAACAGAGCCAAAGAAUGAAAACUAUUCUAAAUUGGAAAUGCUUGGCUUCUCAACCGAGAGCACUGAGUGGUGGAAUACUUCUCCAAAGGAGGGGCGAUCAAUUGAAAGUGCAUUUGAAGGGGAACUGUCUAACACAAGUGACAUGUCAGAGAUGAAUUCUUCAACAUACCAAAAGAUGGGUCCCUGGGGAGUACCCAUUCAGGGUGAUGCUGAUUCUAUGGCUACACAUUGUACAAGUCCUUUCAGUGAUAAACACCAGUCACCCUUUCUGGAUAGUGAUGGAGAAGGCUCCCAUAAGCAACUUUGGAACAUUCAACCAAGAGAGCCAGACCCAGAAGCUGAUCAGCACAGCCAGCUUGUAAUAUUGGACCAAAUUAAAGAAAAGGAUUCAAGAGAUAAAACCUCCAUAUCUUCUUCUGGUGAUGCAUUCACUUCAGAAAUACCUGCCCAAGAGCAGUAUGAGAAUACAACACUGUCCUCCUGGAACCAGCCAGAACCAACACAUAUUCAAACCAAUGAAAAUGGAUGUGUUACAUCUAAUGUUUCAACUAUUGAGAGUCAAGAAGCAAUUUGGUGGGAACAGGAAAAAGCAUAUCCCAGAGAAAUAACAAAUUCAAUGGUUGCCUCGGAAGAUUUCCCUUAUGUCAGUUCUUCCAACCAAUUUAUAAAGAAGCCAAGUUCUCAAUGGGAUGGCUCUACCCUUAGUGAGGAAUCCCAAGGCACAUUUGUUCCAGAUAUUCUCCAUGGCAACCUACAACAGGAUGGGCAACUAGCUUCAGCUUCACCUGACUUAUGGACGGAGGCAAAGCAGCCCUUCAGUUUGGAAGCAGAUGAUGAGAAUCCUGAUCUACUGACCCACUGUGACCAUGAUACUAAUUCUCAAACUUGCAACAGCCCUGAUAUAUGUCAUGAUUAUGAAGUGAAGCAAGAGAGUGAACAGCACAUCAGUGCUGGGGUGGGUCCUGAAGGGGAAUCCAGUGAGUUAUAUCUCCCUGAGCAAAAGAUGAGUGAAGAAACCAAUCAAGAGUCUGGGUUAUAUCUCACUGAACAAAAGAUGAGUGAAGAACCCAAGCAGGAGUCUGGGUUACAUCUCACUGAGCAAAAGAUGACUGAAGAACCCAAUCAAGAGACUGGGUUACGUCUCACUGAGCAAAAGAUGACUGAAGAACCCAAUCAAGAGACUGGGUUACGUCUCACUGAGCAGAAGAUGACUGAAGAACCCAAUCAAGAAUCUAGGCAGGAAUUUGUGCCAUACAAUUCAGAACUAUAUUCUGAAAAUGAAAUUCCACUGCCUUCAAUUUGUGAUCAAGCAAACACAAAUGGCUCAUCUCAGCCUGUCUCUCCUGAAAGUUUUCUUGAACCUUCUGAAAUAAAGAGUGAAAACAAUAGAGGUUUACCAGGACAAGAAAAAGGAGUUGACCCAGCUAUAGCACCAGUUUUGGAACCUAUUGACAGAACAGUUCCAAUGGUUGAAAACACAGGAAUCAGUAUUUUGGUAACUCACCAAGAGCCAAUGAUGGAUGUCAACAGCUCUUAUAUAUCAGAAGGCUUUUCUCCUGAGAGUCAGACAGAUGCAGGAGGUUUGUUGGAUAGGGCACAUCCUUUUUCUCUGGAAAACUCUGCCACCAUUCCAGGUACUUUGCUAGUCUCAGAUGCUUGUCUGGAUGUGAGUGAAGCUGCCCUUGAUCGCAGCUUUAGCACAUCGACAGGAACAAUAGAUGACAUGAGUAAAUUGACAUUAUCAGAAGGAAAUCUCGAAAUGUCAGUUGAUGGAGAUGCAGGCAAGCAAGAUAUCUGUUCUUCUGAAGCCUCAUGGGGGGAUUUUGAGUAUGAUGUCAUGGGCCAAAAUAUUGAUGAAGAUUUAAUAAAGGAACCUGAACACUUUUUAUAUGGUGGUGACCCUCCCUUGGAAGAAGAUGCUCUGAAACAGUCGCUGACACCAUUCACACCCCCCUUUGAUUUGUCUUAUCUCACAGAGCCUUCCCUUGGUAAGGAAAUGACAGAAGCAUCUGAGGUUCCAGAGGAUGAGCCUCUACAGAGCAAAGCAGCAGAGAUAGUGCUUUCUGCCCAUCCUGACCAAAGAAGUACAGAAGACAUUGCUGAUACUAAGAACAGACAGUCUGGACACCAGCUGGUUGUGCUGCAUAUUCAUGAAGACCCUGAGUCAGGUUCUUUGCCUGAAGAAGCAGACUCUGAAUUGUCACCAUCAAACAUUGACUGGGAGGUAGAAACCGAGAACUCAGAUUCGCCAGCAGGUGGAGACAUAGAACUACGAAAUGGUGCCAGCAAGAAAAUAUUACAGUUGGAAGAAGAAAAAAUAAUUCCUACCAAAGAACCUGAGCAGAUAGAACCAGAAUGUGGAGAAGAAAGACACACAGAGGAGAGUGAAGACCAUCAUGAUCUACACAUGGAUUAUAUACUCGUAAACCAUGAAGAAAAUUUAUCCCCUAAACCAGAGGCUGGUGAAGCAAAAGAAAGCACCUCUGAAUUAGAAGAGUUUCAUAGAGGAUCUGAAGAAACAGAGUUGCCAGAAAUUCAGUUAGAAUGCUUCCCAGACUCAAGUCAGCUGAGCUACUUAAGUGAAAGCAACGAUCACUCUGCAGAAAUAAUGUCUUCUACAAAUGAUAAGAGACCAUCUCUAGAAAGCCCUGGAAAAGACCAGAGUUGGAUGGUCUUGGGCCACAGUAAGAUUGUCGAUCCAUCAUCCAAAGCUAAGGACUCAGGUCCAGGAGAGGCUGGUGAGACUGUGGAGCCAGCCUCUGAUCUCAGCUUGGACAAGGAUUCCCAAAUGCAGAUUCUGGGAGAACUGAAGCCCCCAGAAGCUUUAGUGCUAGAGAAAGCCUCUGGUUUGGACAGCCAAUCACGGAAAAGCAAGAGCCGAGGCAGGGCUGGCUCAGAUGCAGUAAUGUCACAGACUGUCACCCAUGACAGUGAGUGGGAAAUGCUGUCACCACAGCCUUUGCAGAAAAACAUAAUCCCUGAAAUGGAAAGGGAGGAGGAGACAGAGUUUCUUGAGCCCAGAAUAAGAAAACCAAAACCAAAUGGACAACUGUCAGAGGAUGUGGGAAUGGACAUCUCCUUUGAGAAGGGAAUGCUGAGUCCUGACGCUGCAGACAUGAGACCUGAACCUCCUAAUUCUCUGGAUCUUAAUGAUACUCAUCCUCGGAGAGUCAAGCUCACAGCCCCAAAUAUCAAUCUUUCUCUGGACCAAAGUGAAGGAUCUGUUCUCUCUGAUGAUAACUUGGACAGUCCAGAUGAAAUUGAUAUCAAUGUGGAUGAAAUUGACACCCCUGAUGAAGCAGAUUCUUUUGAGUACACUGGACAUGAAGAUCCCACAGCCAACAAAGAUUCUGGUCAAGAGUCAGAGUCUAUUCCAGAAUAUACAGCAGAAGAAGAACGGGAGGACAACCGGUUGUGGAGGACUGUGGUGAUUGGCGAGCAAGAGCAGAGAAUUGACAUGAAGGUCAUCGAGCCCUACAGGAGAGUCAUUUCUCAUGGAGGAGAUUCAGGGUACUAUGGGGACGGUCUCAAUGCCAUCAUUGUGUUUGCCGCCUGCUUUCUGCCAGACAGCAAUCGGGCGGAUUACCACUAUGUCAUGGAAAAUCUUUUCCUAUAUGUAAUAAGCACUUUAGAAUUGAUGGUAGCUGAAGACUAUAUGAUUGUGUAUUUGAAUGGCGCAACCCCAAGACGGAGGAUGCCAGGGCUAGGCUGGAUGAAGAAGUGCUACCAGAUGAUUGAUAGACGAUUGCGGAAGAAUUUGAAAUCAUUCAUUAUUGUUCAUCCAUCUUGGUUCAUCAGAACAAUCCUUGCAGUGACACGACCUUUCAUAAGUUCAAAAUUCAGCAGUAAAAUUAAAUAUGUCAGUAGCUUAUCUGAGCUCAGUGGCUUGAUCCCAAUGGAUUGCAUCCAUAUUCCAGAGAGCAUCAUCAAGUACGAUGAAGAGAGAUCUUUUAAGAAAAGUGUGAGACUGGAUGAAGAACUGAGGGAGGCAUCAGAAGCAGCUAAAACUAGCUGCCUUUACAAUGAUCCAGAAAUGUCUUCUAUGGAGAAGGAUAUUGACCUGAAGCUGAAAGAAAAGCCCUAAAUGGCCAUUGCUGAAGAAGAGGAUGCUUUUCUGCUUCAUAAUUCUGUUGAAACUUAUCUACCUGGAAGAGAUAGGGCUGAUGGUACUUUUUCCACUUUGCACUACCUGGUGCCAUUCUAAAUUUCUAAGGGAAAAAUAAUAAUGAGGGAAUUUGUUUACUCCUAACAUGUUUUUUGAAAUUGUGUGUAUUUUCCUAUUUUGCCAAUUAUGUGCCUCAAAGAUUUUAGUUGAACCUUAGCAAAAAAAAAGUAGGGCCUUCCAUUUCAAUAUUUCCAUGCCUCUCGCUGCAGUGGCAUUUCACCUCUUAGAUUGGUAUGGACAGAUAAGAGAACUUCAAUCCACUGCUAGUUAUAAGCAGAUUUGUUUCCAUUGGUUAGCUGGAUUUCUCUUUAGUGAUCAUUUGAGGUUUAAAAUACCCAGGGCUCGACUCUCCUUGAGAAGAUUAUCUCUGCAGAACUCUACCUUUAAAAUCCUAGUUUGCUUAACACAGCCAUAAACCAGACACAUGUUUGAAAUCACCAUCAGUUAAGUGUCCACUGGCUCUUGUUCACAUGAAUCACCUCUACUUUUGUAAAAGGCAGUUAGGUGUUAUAAUUGGCAUGUGCUCAUCAAUUUGGCAUCAUAUUUGUGGUGAAUUGGUCUUUUUAAAAAAUCAUUUCUUCAGUGUAUGGUGAAGACUUCCACGUUGAGAAACUUCAGGAUUAGUGUCCACAUUUUCGGUAACUGUCUGUACUUCAGAUCAUAAACUCACUUCAAGAUGUUACAUGGUAAAGCACUGAUAUAUCAGUUUGUUCACCAACUUAGUUCACUGUUGCUGGCAUAAUUAUUAACAAUGCUCCUUUUGCUGAGUCAUUUUUCCUUCUGGAAGAUGUUCCCCCUGUCCACAGGAAUGAAUGAAGAACCCAGUGUUUGGUUUAGUGGAGUAAACCUGAGGACAGAGCUGUUGAUCGAGGGCUCUUGUUACAGUGACAGGCCAGCCAUUCACCCUUUCUCUGAAUCUGUCCAGUCUGUCCAUGGGAGAGUACUCAGGACUCUUUGAAGCUUUACCUUCCAACAUAGAAAGUAGAAGUAUCUGUCCCAAUUAUUGAUUUUGUUUGGGCUGCUCUGUGGGCUGUGUAACCAUUCUGAUAGCUAGAAUCUGCUACUUUAUUAUCUUAAAAAGAUAAUUUAAUUGCACGUGUUAGAGAAAAGCCACCAUGUAAAUUCACUCCAAGUAAAUAGAAUCCUAGAAAAACCGACCCAAAAAUUCCCUAAGCAGAUAGAUAGACAGAUGUAAACACAUCAUUAGCUAUCUAGCCUUUCCAUUCUCAGCAUUCUUGCUUGGGUUCUGACUUCUGGACUGCGCUUUUCCUGUGGAUUGGUAGCUAAGGGAACUAAAGGAGUCGUUGGGGCAAAAGUAUUGUUUUGCCAAAGUGGCGAUUGCCCUUCACUAGUUGCUUGAUUAAAAGAAGGGAAAAAAUAUAUGUACAGAAAAUAUUGUCAAGGAGUGAGAAGAUGUGCUACAGGGCAAUAGCUAAAUGCAGGAAACCCUGAAGUUCCUGUGGAAGCUGUACACUGUUUUUAGGGGUUAUCUUCUAAACGUAGAAGUCACGACGCCAAGUCUUUGUGUUAUCUUAAGUAUUUAGUUACGGAACUAUGGUCCCGACUCUCAUCUAAUCACAAUGCCUCAGUAGCUUGCUCCCUUAGAAAUGUUUAGAUGUGCACAAAAUAAACUUUUAUAUAGAGUUUUUUCUACCAUGUAUUGGACUGCUCUGAAUAAAGUAUCUGUUAGACUUUG